UUUCCAGAUUCUUGAUGAAGCUUAAUUUGCGCAUCCUUGCUAGCGUAAAAUCAUGUACGGUUUUGCUGUGUUGUGUUAAGAAAUCUCUUCUCCCGAGUAAUAGCGGCUGGAAAAGAGGCAAUCAACUACACGUCGAAUUGUUGGUCUGGGUCCUGAACUUCUUCCCACGUUCACCUUCGGAAUAAAACUCCGUAAAAGCAUGGGCACAUACUAUUACUUUAGCCAGUGUUUUCACUUGCACGGAAACAUGCACUUUGAUUGUGUGAAGUAAAGUAAAAUCGCUGAAAAAUGGAAUCCUCUGCACCUACCGAUGUCAUGCAGACAGGGACAAUUAUUGAAGGUGUUGGUGAUGAGCUUGUGCACGCCUUCGGAAUUGUUCUUGUCCUCGCACUUCCGUUUGUCAUUGCGUAUUUCAACAGAAACCAAGCCACAACUGAAGCUAUCCACCCGGAAAAUGAACAGCGCGUUUACGAGGCCAGACAGCGAUUGGGCGUGGAUACAGAGACGGCAAGCGUCAACCGUCAACAACAACAACAACAGCAGCCACAAGAACAACAACAAAAUGGCAGCACCCAGUUACCGCCGGCUAGGCACAGAUACAGUACAGAUCCAACCUGCCCAGUCUGCCUCAGUGAUUUAGCCUACGCAACCGAGACAAACUGUGGCCAUGUUUUUUGUGGAAACUGUUUAAUUACUUACUGGAGACAUGGCAACUGGCUGGGUUCCAUCAGGUGUCCUGUUUGCAGACAGCAGGUGACUCUGUUACUGCCAAUUUUCCGAGAGGUGGACCACACGACAGAGGACGCCCAAGCAGUGACCACGGAGAUCAACAACUACAACCGACGAUUCUCUGGGGAGCCGCGACCGCUGAUGGACUACAUCCAUGAUCUGCCCACCCUCUUGCGCCACGCCAUGCGGGAGUUCUUCACUCUCAGCGGCCUGGUCUGGAUGUUCCGUCUCCGUAUCAUCGUCUGCUUCUUAGCCGCCUUGCUCUACUUCGUCUCCCCGCUGGACAUCAUUCCCGAGGCCGUCUUUGGCGUGCUCGGUUUCGUCGACGACCUGCUCAUACUGCUCCUCUUGUUGAUCUACGUCACCAUCAUCUACCGGAGUUUCAUUGCGGCCCGGGCAGCGGCUGUCUGACAGCACCUACCCUUCCACAGAAUGGAUCGCUCUGGAUUUGGCCAUAAGCUCUGCUCGCCUUUUUGUUUGUGUACAUUUCUCACACUGUCUGACAGUACCUACCCUUCCAAAAAAUGGAUUGUUCUGGAUUUGGUCAUAAGCCCCACCCAUUUUGGGGGGUUUGUGUACACUUCUCACAUUGGCUGUCUGACAGUACCUACCCUUCAACAGAAUGGACCUUUCUGGAUUUAGCCAUAAGCUCCGCCCACUUUUUUGGUGUGUACAUUUCUCACAGUGCUUGUGACCAAGUUCCAUCCAAUUGGUCAAUUUGUACUGAUUGACAGGCAGGAAAGAUCCAUUCCCUUUCUUUUCUUGCAAAAAAAGCUGAAAAAGCAAUAGUUCCGCAACAAUUAUCAGCUCAACAAUACCUACCCCUCACAAGAAUGGACUGUUCCUGGUUUAUCAAUAAGCCCGCCCACUUUUGGUUUGUGUACAUUUUUGAGUGUCACCUGACCAAAUGUCAUGUUCUAAUUGGUCAAUUCAUACUGACUGAAUGACAGGCAGGAAUGGACCAUUCCCUUUCCCUUUUCGCAAAAAAAAGGCUGAAAAUGCAGUAGUUUCACAACAAUUAUCAGCUCAACAAUACCUACCCCUCUCAAGAAUGGACUGUUCCUGGUUUAUCAAUAAGCCCGCCCACUUUUGGUUUGUGUACAUUUUUGAGUGUCACCUGACCAAAAAUCAUGGUCUAAUUGGUUAUUUCGUACUGACUGAUUGACAAGCAGGAAUGGACCAUUCCCUUUCCCUUCUCAUAACAAACAGCUGAAAAUGCUGUAGUUUCACAACAAUUAUCAGCUCAACAAUACCUACCCCUCAUAAGGAUGGACUGCUCUGGAUUCAUCCAUAAGCCCGCCCACUUUCAGUUUGUGCACAUUUUUGAGAGUCACCUGACCAAAAGUCAUGGUCUAAUUGGUCAAUUCAUACUGACUGAUUGACAGGCAAGAAGGGACCAUUCCCUUUCUCUUUGAACAAAGAAGCUAAACAUAUCUUAGGGCCGCAACAAUAAUUUGGUCAACAGUGCCUACCCCCCAUAAGAAUGGACUGUUCCUGAUUGAGUCAUAAGCCCGCCCACCUUUGGUUUGUGUACAUUUUUGAGUGUGAUGGAGCUAGUCUGGUCACCUGACCAAAAGUCAUAAACUGAUAGGUCAAUUUGUGCUGAUUGUCAAGCAGGAAGGGACCAUUCUAUU